UGCUAUGCUUGGAUGUUUCAAGGAAAACCCUUAUACAUAUCUUUACAUGUUAAAUUUUCAAAACGAAUUUGGCCUACUAACGUCAAGCAAGUGCUUAAGCGUUUUUUAAGCUUGUAAGCAAAUAGCUUUCUGUCCUAACCUUGCAUUUAUAUCGCAUUAAGAAAUCCAGUAAAAAUAUGUCAACAUUUUUAUUUUAAAACCUGAGAAAUUCAAACAAGGUUUGUCUUAAUUGUGUGGGCCACACCCUUCAGGGUAAAGUUAAGUAACAUACUUAAAAUAGGGGUAAGAAACACUAAUAGUCGGGCAAAAUGUAUGAAGUAUAUAAAUUUGGUUUUCAUACAUCCAAAAUAUACCAAGGCCAUGUAGUUACCUGAAAACCAUAAGACCUAAACACUAAAUGAAAAUUCCUGUAAGUAAAGGUGGCACCUGCUCUUCCAUAUAUGGGGUUCUCAUACAAAUAUUCGGUUUAUUUUUUAGAUCAAAAUAAAAUCAAGUAACACAACACAAGCCAACUAAAGAUGUGAUAUUUUGGAAGUCAGAAUUAUUUAAAAACGCCAGCAAGAUGUUGCCAUCAAUGAGGAACUUUCACUGGAUGCUUCGAAAGUCGUUCAUCAGAUACUUAAUGUUGUUUAUGAUCAUCAUACUUAUUAUUCUACCCUUGCUAAGAUUAUACAAUUGGUCCAAUCCUUCCACGCAGACACUGCAAUUGCACCAAUCAGAUUUGUUCAGGAAAAGCAUGAAAAAGGUGGUUCAUUAUACAAACCAUAUCACUCAAAGGCCGCCAGUUAUUGUUUACAGGGACACGAAAAACAAAGAUGGGUGUCAUAUCGACUACAUUAAUCCUUUCGAUCCACUGGUAAAUAAAUAUAUGAAAGACUUUGGCGAGCAUCGAUGCCACACGAAUAACGAGUUACAAGUAAUUAAUAAACAAAAUGAACUCACUAUUUCAGGCUUUAAUAUAAAUUUCUUCGAGAGCACGGAGAUAAUACCUGCCAGUACAGCCGAAGGGUUUAGACAUUUGUCUUCUGAGAAAUUAACAAAACCAAUAAUUUCAAAAGUGUUACUCUCUUUGGGUAAAACUGGUGCCAUUCAACACGUACUGUCUAGUCGAUGUAUAGCACCUGUUAAAUAUGAUUUGCUCCAUCCACCAGCUGAAAUUGACUUGCAAUUCACUAGCGCUUGUGUGGGAGAUCAAGCUUUAUUUACUACUCUGGAGUCCGGUCUUAUAGUUCAUAAUCUGACGAAAAAAUGCAUUGCUCCGUUUGGUGGCUCACAAACACCUGAUAGAAACACGAAGCUGAUUUUAUCCGACAGUUGCACUACGAUAUUUAAUUUUAUAGAAGAUGCUGUGAUUCGUCACAGUAGUGGUUCUUGUGUUCACCCGCUUUGGGGUGGAACAUUGCCGGAUGAGGGGCAGAAUCUCUGUUUAUAUCCAGAUUGUUUGGUAAGCGAAAGGUUAAAGUACAAGUUCCACGUUGUGAAAACAGGCUCUUUCGCAAAAUCAACAUUGAAUGCGACGUUAACGAAAGAAUUAAAUUAUAUUCGGAUACACAACAUAGACGAAAGUGUCGUUUCUACGUUUGCUUUGGCGGUGCAACCGAAGCAGUUGCCUGCGCCGGACGCAACUAGCCGACCUAAUAUCUUCGUUAUAACACUUGACGAGGUAUCCGCUGCUCAUUUUCAAAGAAAGCUCCCUCUAACGUAUCAGUUUAUGAAUGAAGAGAUGAAGUUUUUAAAUUACGUCAUUCAUGCUGCUGUGGCGAAGACAUCUAGGGAAAAUAUACUUGCUUUGUUAACCGGUACAGCAUCAGGAAACGCAAAAGCAUUUAGUUUGUAUGAUGUCGCGCGCACAUCGAAAUAUGUGUCGCUAUUCAGUGCUGAUAAACCAUCAAGUAUGUUCAAUGCAACGGCAGCCGACCACAGCUCCAUCCCGUUGUUUGCGUCGAUGAAAAAAUAUUACGAUAUCAAUGCGCAUGCGCACUGUGUUGCGUCACAACCAAUCUACGAAUUAACAUUCUGCUAUUUACUUUCUUUUAUACGGGCGUACCCAGGGCGUCCAAAGUUCGCUGUUGCAGUGUUGACAGAAAUAACCCAGGGUAACUACAACUUUGUUGGCUAUAUGGACAAAAUGUUUAAAAAUGUUCUUGAGAAGUUAAAAGAUUUAAAAAACACAAUCAUAUUUGUUAGUACAAUUAAGGGAAGCUUAACUGGCAAACUUGGGCAACUUCCCCAAGGUGUUAUGGAGCAUCGAAGACCUUUUCUCGCUGCAUACGCCUCCCAAGAUGUUCGAGAGGCGUUUGAAGAGGAACGGACGAGGAGUUUAACAUCUGCUUUAGAUAUGUUUGUUACUAUUAAGGAUUUGUUGUCCUCAGAAAAAACUGACCAUCUAUAUGGAAAGUCGUUAUUAAAAAAGACUGGAGCACGAAAUUGCAAGGAAGCUGGUGUAGCUUCGCCUAUGUGUCCGUGCACGUAAGGUUUUAGUUACACUUAGUGUGAGAAACAGGUUAAUUUAGCUGUGUUUAUUUAUUUGUUUACGGAGAAAUUUUUAGUUAAUUGGAUAUUUUUAAUAACAUGUAGCCCUGUAUAACACUGACUUUCAGUCCUCAAUGUUUGUGUAUACACAAUUAGGCAGGAAUUAGUGGUGUUUAGGUGUUUAAAGGGGCCCUUUAAACACCUAAACGUAGCUCCUUUUUAAUAUAUGCCAAUAUUUUAUGCGAUUUAAAUAAAAACCUUAUUUAAACUAGCUUGUAGGAGAAUGUAGAUAUAUGAAUAAUCUGAAGAAAUUUUUUUUUUAUUUGUUGCUAAGGAUGGUUACAAUUUAAAUUUUAAACCUUUUAGAACAGGUUAACAGUUUUCUAAAUACGUUUUAUCGAAAUUAGAAGAUUGUUUAUUAAGAGCUGUUAGAGAACGAAAAAAAUAUCAAAGCGGAUAAUUUGCUAUAUGUUUUUGUGUUUGUUUUGAUCUCCACCGUAUCCACCCCUACAAAAAUAGGUAAAUUUGCGCUGACUUGGUAUUAAACUUGUGUGCCAUGGUUUGGAAAAUUAUUAAAAAAAUAUUGAAUUUUUAUAGUUUAUGUUAGUUUAUUUGUAUUAUUUCUUUUUUUUUACAUCACUGUAAUUAUUUAUGAACCAUAGAAGUACAUUAGCUUUUUUUAAAACUGGAAACAAUUUUUUAACCAUUGA